AAAAAGAACGAACAACAAUAUCCCGCGCUGGUAUCCCUUACCUGUGAUCCUAGGACGCCAAUAUAAGGAUCCUUCCCGGGAUCUCGACACACACUUGCAGAGACGUCUUCUGUAAAAGCAUCUCCGCGAAUACUUACAACUUCUUCUGUUGUAUUGCGGUGCAGUCUGAGGAUUCGAAAGCGCGAUGGCUUGUCACCCCCUUGUCGGCAAUGUGCUUGCUGUGGUCCUGGCGUCUCUAGUCCUAGCGGUGGCGUCCACCCUGUCCGUUUCAAAUGUAGAAAAAUCAACGCUAUUCGACUCACCGCAAGGACAGCUGGAUAAUCUGGAGGAAACCGAGAGCUUAUUGAAGAUAAGUAAGAGACACGCUGAGAUACAUCAUGUUGCAAAGCGGGAAGCAAAAGUACAUGCCAUUUCCAAGCGCCAGGCAUCAGACACGUCACGGCUUGAGUCGCUGCAGCUGAGGACAGCGUUGAUGUUCAUCGAGGCCGACCAGGCAGCGGACGUCACCGUGGCACUCGAGCUGGCCGAGGUGUUCAACAAGAUCAACAGCACACUACAAGCAGGCCGAGGCGGCAGAGUCGACGCCUUCGAACAACGCCUCCAGGCCAUUGCAGCCAACGUCAGCGCCAACAGCGUGCUGCCAAAGGACUGCGGAAAGGUCGGUUUCUAUUACGCCACACGUUCUGUAACGUUCCCCGUCUUUCCCGCCUUCGCAGACGAGGUGCAGCCAGCCUGUUUGCCCGGGAUCUCCGACUUAGUGAACCCGGCUAGGCAGGGGUCCACCACUCUCGUCGGGUUCGAGGAUGCAAGCAGCGGAGGCGUGACAAAGUACUCGUGGGUGAACUCCAAGACGUUUGGCUCCCUCCUUUGCUUCGAGGCCCUCGGCGCUCUCGGAAGCAGCGGCACUCAGGGGAGGAAUUCGCUCUUCGAUAUCCUUUCCAGACACCACCUGUGCGUGUUGAGGCCUUUCAAGGAGGCUGAAUUAUCCGUGGCCAUGGACCAGGACCCAAGGACGGGUCGCGUCGAGGUCACCGGCGUAGGACCCGUUACCGACCCGAGCAGCAAUACCCCGAUGGCUUUUACUCUCACUCAGACACACACGUUCUGGCUCGAGCUCAUGGUCAAGAAUUCAAUCAGGCUUUUGCUCUGAACACAAGAUGAAAUGGUGGAGAAGAAAGAGAGAGUGGCCAGUAGAGUUACGCACUGAAGACUAUUGAAAUAUUCCAGUUUAUUCUUAUUUAGGCCUUCAUGUAUAACCCCUGGAAUAUAGUUCUUGCAGCCUAAAA